AUGAAGCGCAUCUUCUCCUGCUCCAGCUCACAGGUGGCGGUGGAGAGAUGGAACCGUCGUGAUCAGAAGCUACUCGAAGCAGUGCAGCGGGGGGAUGUGGGACGCGUGGCUGCCCUGGCCUCCAGGAAGUCGGCCCGACCCACCAAGCUAGAUUCCAAUGGCCAGUCCCCGUUUCAUCUGGCAGCCUCCAAAGGCUUGACUGAGUGUCUGUCUAUACUACUUGCAAAUGGGGCUGACAUCAACAGCAGGAAUGAGGAUGGAAGCACUGCCCUGCACUUGGCCACCAUCUCCUGCCAGCCACAGUGUGUUAAGGUCCUGCUUCAGCAUGGUGCUAAUGAAGACGCUGUGGAUGCAGAAAACCGCAGUCCAUUGCACUGGGCAGCCUCCUCUGGCUGUGCCUCAAGUGUGCUCCUACUGUGUGACCACGAAGCCUUCCUGGACGUGUUGGAUAACGAUGGACGUACACCCCUGAUGAUUGCAUCACUGGGUGGUCACGCAGCUAUCUGCUCACAGCUGCUGCAGAGAGGUGCCAGAGUUAAUGUCACAGACAAGGAUGACAAAUCGGCUCUGAUCCUGGCCUGUGAGAAAGGCAGUGCCGAGGUGGCUGAACUGCUCCUGAGCCAUGGAGCAGAUGCGGGGGCUGUGGACGGCAUGGGGCAUGAUGCUCUACAUUACGCUCUACAUACACAAGAGAAAGCACUUUGUAGGCUGCUACGGCAGGCCCUGAACCGGCGGCGGUGCGGAGGUCAGGGCCUAGUCCAACACCCAGAUCAUGCAUCCCAGGCCUCUCCAUCUGAGCCCCAGGUGAGUUUUCCACCUAAGAGCCCACGGAAAGCAGAGCCUGAGGAGGAGCAAGAGGAAGAGGAGGAUGAAGACCUAUGUUCAGAGGGGUGGAGGUGGAAGUAUGAAGAGGAGCAGAAGAAAGUUUCUCAGUUGGAGCAGGAGCUGGUGCAAAAGACAGAAGAGUGUAAGGCUCAAGCUGCAGCCUACCUGGGUCUGGAGAACCAGAUUAAAGAACAGGUCCGGGUGCUAGGGCUCCUCCUAUCCCAAGAGCCUGGAGCUCCAGGAGGGCAGGGCUCUGGUCUCCGGCCUGGAGGGGAUGGCAUGGAGCAAGGUUGUCCCUUGGACCUGCUGGCUGAGUGUAUACAAGAGCUAAUGAAGCAGCAGCAGGCAGCAGCCACAGUAAACCCAACAUUAGCUCCCAAGAAGGCAGAGGAUUCAGCCUCAGGAGAGAUCCAGUAUGAAGUCCAUGGAGAGCCCCAACCAGAAGAACAGGGGCCAUCCCGGAGCCCAAGGUCUGAGACCAGUGGGGAAGCCACAGGACGGCAACUGACCACCAAUGGGGGACAGACCCUUGGCCCUAAUCAGACUGACCAGCUCUGUGCUGGCCAGAAGGAGAGGCCCCAGGCCCCAGGGUUUGAACCAUCAGGCACAGUGGCUGAACCAGUGGGUACAGCAGCCAUGAACCAGCUCCUGCUACAACUAAGGGAGGAGCUGGCUGCGGUGUGGCGAGAAAAGGAUGCUGCCAGGGGGGCUUUGUCAAGACCGAUCUUGGAGGGAGCCCUGGGAACUUCCCGGGCUGAGGCUGCAGCUGCUGCCUGGGAGAAGAUGGAGGCCCGGUUGGAGCAGGUGCUGGUGAGGCUGGAUCGAGCAAAGGCAGGGCUACAGGUGAAACCCGAGGCCCCCACCCAGGAGUCCAGCGAGAUAGCUCUAAAGACAGCUCCAGGGAGCAUCAAAGAGGAUGAAGAGAAGGAGAAAAGGGGUCCUGGGGCCCGGGGAGAGCCUUUAGGAGCUCCUGGAGGAGAGCAGACCCCAGCAGAAGGCUUGGCAAAGGGACAUCUGGAGAAGGAGGUGUCAGCACUGAGACUGAGUAACAGUAAUUUGCUGGAGGAGUUGGGGGAGCUGGGGCGGGAGCGACAGCGGUUGCAGAGGGAGCUGCAGUCCCUGGGCCAGCGGCUACAGCGGGAGUUUGUGCCCAAGCCAGAGGCUCAGGUCCAGCUACAGCAGUUGCGACGGAGUGUGGGGCUAUUGACAGAUGAACUGGCCAUGGAGAAGGAGGCUACAGAGAAGUUACAGAAACGCCUGGCCUUGCAGAGCAGUGGCCUCCAAGGGCUGUGGGACUGUCUGCCCCCAGACCUACUGGGCAAGGGGAGUGCGCGGAGCACAGCGGCCGAGCCCCUGGAGGAGCUGCAGGCCUGCAUCAGCACCCUGGUGAACAGGCACAGCGAGGCCCAGCUGGUGCUGGCUCGGCUGGAGGAGGAAAACCGGCAGUUGCGGGGGUCCCUGGCCCUACGUGGAGGGUCAGGUGCCGCCUCCAAGGCCCCAGCAUCCCCCCAAGUGGCCGCUCUGGAGCAAGACCUGGGGAAGUUGGAGGAAGAGCUGCGGGCCGUUCAGGCCACGAUGAGCGGGAAGAGCCAGGAGAUCGGGAAGCUGAAGCAGCUGCUCUACCAAGCCACGGAGGAAGUGGCUGAGCUGAGGGCCCGCGAGGCGGCCAGCCUGCGGCAGCAAGAGAAAACUCGGGGUUCGCUGGUGGCUCAGGCCCAGGCUUGGGGCCAGGAGCUAAAGGUUCUGCUGGAAAAGUAUAACACGGCCUGCCGGGAGAUGGGCCGGCUGCGGGGGGCCGUGGCCGAGGAGCGGCGCCGGAGCGGGGACCUGGCCGCGCGGGCUGCGGAGCAGGAGCGCCAGGCCAGCGAGAUGCGCGGGCGCUCCGAGCAGUUCGAGAAAACAGCGGAGCUGCUGAAAGAGAAGAUGGAGCAUCUCAUUGGGGCUUGCCGGGACAAGGAGGCCAAGAUCAAGGAGUUGUUGAAGAAGCUGGAGCAGCUUUCAGAGGAGGUUCUAGCAGUUCGGGGAGAAAAUGCUUGUCUUGCCCUGCAGCUACAAGAUUCCCAGAAGAACCACGAAGAGAUCAUCUCCACCUACAGGAAUCAUCUGCUGAAUGCUGCUCAGGGCUACAUGGAACAGGAUGUGUACAAUAUCCUACUGCGAAUCCUCAGCUUGCAAGAGGAGUGAGGCAGCCUUACUGUGUGCCCUCAGGGAUACGGGAUUUCUCUGUUGGAAUAAGAGCAUCCCUGGUUUACACCAUCAGGCUGUGGUGGGUUGGGGGCUGGCUACUAGGGGUGGUGUCAGUAGGGCUUCACCUGACAUUAUGGACCCCAGACCUGAGACCUGGACUCUGGAAUCAGCAUGGAUGAGACCAGAGGAAGUUUGGAUCGAAACCAGCUCUUUGGAAAAUAAAGC